UCGCAAUUUCCGGCGUCAAAGGGCCAAGGUCGGCCCCACUUAAUCAUGGGAUGGAUGCCCGUCUCGCAGGCAUGCAGAAAACACGCAGGGUCGGGAUUGGAGAUAGACAAGAUGGACCAGCAGUAUUGUCUACGGUGGAACAAUCAUCCAGCCAACCUCACAGACGUUCUCAGCUCACUGCUUGCCAGAGAAGCACUCUGUGACGUGACCCUGGCCUGUGUCGGAGAGACCUUCAAAGCGCACCAGACCAUACUUUCUGCAUGCAGUCCAUAUUUCGAGAGCAUUUUCCUGCAAAACACCCACCCCCAUCCAAUCAUAUUCCUCAAGGAUGUCAAUGACACGGAAAUGAAGGCGUUGCUGCACUUUAUGUAUAAGGGCGAAGUCAAUGUUAGUCAGCAUCUGCUACCGAUGUUCCUUAAAACAGCAGAGGCAUUACAGAUCAGAGGCCUCACCGAUAAUAGUGUAAAUAACAAGGCAGAGGACAAGUGUCCAUCACCUGAUCCAGAAACGCAAACUGGAGUAAGACAUAGCGAUUCGCCUAACCUCCAGUCUCAUCAUGAGAAGAGGAAAAGAAAGAAUUCAGGCAGCUACGACGUUUCCCUUUCUGGCCCACCUAGCGAAAGAUUCUUGUCUGAUUCUCAGACAUCCUCGCAGUGUAGUUACAAAUCAAGUCCUCCUGUGAUUCCAAAGUUAAAUAAUGCCCUGGGAGUUGAGAUGGAAGAUGGUGGUCGACCCAUGUCCCCUGCUUCACAACCGCAGGCUCCUAUUAAACAAGAGGUGGAUCACCACUUGCCCGACUUCCAUGACAAUAUUUCCCUCCCCGGUCAUCCAGUUGGACUGAUAGGAGAAGAUGGAGGGGCCACAGCAGGAGCACUCAGUGAUGGUGUUCAAGGGAUUGAAUCAUCCGAGCACCAUAAUCCUCCGGAAAUGCUCGACGGACUUGAUGAGCUGAAAAAUUGGCGGAUAUCACAGAUAUUUGAGAGACAGAGUAACAGCGACGAGAGGAGGCGGUGCUCGUUGUGCGGUAAGGUCGUGACGAACGUGCGCAAUCACUAUUACGUGCAUUUCCCCGGGAAAUACGCCUGCCCGCUCUGCCCGGCGGUGUACACGCGCAGCGACACUCUGCUCACGCACACGCGUAUGAAGCACGCGCACGCGCAAUAGUAUCGCACACACGCGUCGCGAUACUUUGAGCGUGCCGCGUACUUUAAGCUGCGGAUCUAGAAACCGUGCGAACGUCUUCCUCCUCUUUCCAUCUCUCCCGGCGUGACCUCCUCGCCUUCGUCGUACGAGGCAAUCUCGAGGUCUUCCCGUACUUGCCCGUCUCUCGUUAUUCCAUUAGAUAAGCUGCACAAACUAGUAUCUAUUAAAAAGCGGAAGUAUAGUGGAAUCUCUCAGAGAGGGACGA